CGGUCCGCGCCUGCGUACGGCGCUCGGCGCACUUGCCCCAGGCGCGGGCGCGCUCGCGAGCGGUCUGGAGCGGCAGUGGCGUGAGCUCGGCGAUGGGGAGCGGCGGUGUGAUCCAUUGUAGGUGUGCCAAGUGUUUCUGCUAUCCCGCCAAGCGAAGAAUCAAAAGAAGACCCCGUAACUUAACCAUCUUGAGUCUCCCAGAAGAUGUACUCUUUCAUAUCCUGAAAUGGCUUUCUGUUGGGGACAUCCUUGCUGUCCGAGCUGUACACUCCCACCUGAAGUACCUGGUAGACAACCAUGCCAGUGUGUGGGCAUCUGCCAGCUUCCAAGAACUGUGGCCUUCUCCGAAGAACCUGAAGCUCUUUGAAAGGGCUGCUGAAAAGGGAAAUUUUGAAGCUGCUGUGAAGUUGGGAAUCGCCUACCUCUAUAAUGAAGGCUUGUCUGUGUCAGAUGAGGCCUGUGCUGAAGUGAACGGCCUGAAGGCCUCUCGCUUCUUCAGUAUGGCUGAGAAAUUGAAUGUGGGUUCUGAGCCCUUCAUCUGGCUCUUCAUCCGCCCACCAUGGUCAGCAUCUGGAAGUUGCUGCAAGGCCGUGGUCCACGACAGCCUCAGGGCAGAGUGCCAAUUACAAAGAACUCAUAAAGCUUCCAUACUACACUGCUUGGGAAGAGUGCUAAAUCUUUUUGAGGACGAAGAGAAAAGGAAGCAGGCUCACACCCUUUUUGAAGAGUCUGCUCAUCAGGGAUGCCUGGCCAGCUCAUACCUCCUUUGGGAAAGUCAGAGAAAGAUGGAUAUGUCUGAUCCUGGACGAUACCUCCACAACUUCCGGAAACUCAGGGACUAUGCUGCCAAAGGCUGCUGGGAAGCACAGCUGGCUCUGGCCAAAGCCUGUGCGGGUGGAAGCCAGCUUGGCCUGGAGUGGAAAGCCUGCAGCGAGACGGUCUGCCAGCUCUUCCAGGCCUCCCAGGCUGUCAACAAGCAGCGAGUCUUCUCUGUGCAGAAGGGGCUCAGCGACACCAUGAGAUACAUUCUAAUCGACUGGUUAGUAGAAGUUGCCACGAUGAAGGACUUCACAAGCCUAUGUCUCCACCUGACAGUGGAGUGUGUAGACCGGUACUUGCGGAGGAGGCUGGUACCCCGGUACAAGCUCCAGCUUCUGGGCAUUGCCUGCAUGGUCAUCUGUACCCGGUUCAUCAGCAAAGAGAUCCUGACCAUUCGAGAGGCGGUGUGGCUCACAGACAACACCUACAAGUAUGAGGACUUGGUACGAAUGAUGGGAGAGAUCAUCUCCGCCCUGGAAGGGAAGAUUCGAGUCCCCACCGUGGUUGAUUAUAAAGAGGUCCUGCUGACACUGGUCCCAGUUGCUACCAGAACCCAACACCUGUGCAGCUUUCUCUGUGAGCUCUCCCUGCUGCACACCAGCCUGUCGAUCUACGCCCCAGCCCGCCUGGCCUCUGCUGCCCUGCUCCUGGCCAGACUGAUGCAUGGGCAGAUACAGCCCUGGACCUCUCAUCUAUGUGACCUCACUGGGUUCUCUUACAACGACCUCAUGCCCUGCGUCUUGAGCCUUUAUAAAAAAUGUUUCCAUGAUGAUGCACCCAAGGACUACAGACAAGUCUCUCUGACUGCUGUCAAGCAGCGCUUUGAGGAUAAGUGCUGUGAAGAGAUCGGCCGGGAAGUGGUACUGAGCUAUGCAGAGUUGUGCACUGCACUCGGAGUGAGACAAGAGAGCCCAGAGCCCCCAUCUUUCCCUAGCACAGGGGAGAUCCACACCUUCCUCACCUCGCCCUCUGGGAGGAGAAGCAAACGGAAGCGGGAGAACAGCCUUCAGGAGGGCAGGGACAGCUUUGUCACCACGCCCACCGCAGAGCUGUCUAGCCAGGAGGAGACACUGCUGGGCAGCCUUCUGGACUGGAGCCUGGACUGCUACUCUGGCUAUGAAGGAGACCAGGAGAGUGAAGGAGAGAAGGAGGGUGACGUUACAGCUCCCAGUGGACUCCUUGAUGUCACUGUGGUCUUCCUGAAACCAGAACAGCACUGUUGCCAGGAAUCCAGUGAUGAGGAGGCCUGGCCAGAGGACAAGGGCCACCAAACACCAGGCACCCAGGCACCUCCAACUCCGGCUCCCAGGCCCCUUCUCUGCAACAGAGGAGAUGUGGGCAAGGACAUCACGACCUCUGGAUACUCUUCCGUCUGCAGUGGGAGUCCCAUAAGUUCCCUGGAUGUUGGCGUGGGGGGUUCUCCCCGAUCUACCUCAGUGCUGUCUGUGGGCAGCUACUCAAACACAAAGCCUUGCCACCAUCAGGCCAAGAAGUCCUGUUUACAGUGUCGUGCCCCAAGCCCCCCAGAGAGUGGGGUUCACCAUCAACGGGUAAAGCGCCAAAACCUGUCAGUGCACGGUGAUGAGGACAUGAACUUAGGGUUCCUGAAGCUCUGAAAUGUUAGUGUUUGCCACGGUGAAUGUUUACUGGGGAGGGCUGCUGUUUCUCUAGGACACUGAAGGCAGGUGCUGUGUAGCCCCCAGAGGGGGAGUUGAGUGUGAGCCGUCAGAACACCAGACAAUGAAAGCUCUCGGACAGCAGCCUCGCAGCGGCCAGGCCACACCUGUGGAACCCUUCUCUACCCUUUGUGUCCUGCUGUCUGUGGGAGCAUGGGCCUCUGUGUUGGCGUUCACAAUCCCAGGCCAGGAGCUGAUGGCUUCCUUGGAAUACUAGUGGCCCAGGUAGCCUAACACAGUUCAAAGCCCCGCUGCGUGUCUUAUUUUAGGCCAGUGGGGAGCUGUCAUCUGAACAUAUCACUGCCCCCUUCAGCCCGUGUCCCCACAUGUCAGUGUUGACUGCAGCCUAAUGGUCAGGUGUCAGGACCUUGAUGCUGGGACUAAAAGUUCCUCCUUUUGGCACUUUGAGCUCAGUUCCAAAAUCUGUCCUCUCAGAGUGGUUUGUCUGUGCCCCCUUGUAUCCAUGUGACCGUCUGUCUGCACUGAAUUUCUAGGCCAUUCCUUUCCCCCAUCUUUAUUUCUAGGUUUCUUCUAAUGAAAAAAAAAAAAAAAAGGAACCGUUUGAAAUAGAGGCUAUCAAAUAAAAAGAUAACAGAU